AUGUGCGAAGAUUUAACAGUUGUUUGCUUGCUACUUGGCCAACAAAAGGAAUUUACAAAGGGGCAUUUAAUCAGAGAACACUCGGCACAACGAGAGAAGACAAGUGGCGGUCCUAAUACUACAGUAGCUGAAACUGUCGCUGACGCCAACGAUCUAUUAAAACUAGUUCGACGCCUCUCGUACUCCUAUAUUGGCCAAAGAAAAGCGCCCAAUGAUGGCGAAGAUGCCUACCAGGAGGUGGAUGAUGACGUGAAGAUGGGAGCUAACGUCAGCCGCCACUCGGCCAAAGGGUUGGGGCGGCGCUCGCAGUCUAGUGGUAGCAUAUGUAACGGUGGUGGCGGCGCGGGUAGCGGCGGCAAGGGUAGACAUCCCGAGGGGAAGAUAUGCAGCAGUCUGCCUAGUUAUCUGGACGAUAGAGAUAAGAAUGGGGCCUGUAACAAUAACCAUGACGGGAAACAUCAUUUGGAUGAGGUUGAUAGGAUCCCUCCCAUUGGCGAUAGCGCCCCUCUUCACUGGAAGUUCUCCGAUACGCAAACAAUUUGCGACCAAGGUUAUGGUUCAGAAAGAUCACCGGAGGAAGAGUAUCCUCCGAAUCUUACCAGUUUAGAGCAAGACUCUCUACAAUGUCACCAUCAUCUUGAACCCCAUGCUUGCUACCCCUUCAUCACUCCAGAGAGCACCUUCUUGGUGAAGCUGUCGAAAGGAUCACGUGGCCUCGGUCUAAGCGUGACUGGUGGUGUAGACAGCACGGGUUCCUGGCCCGGCUUAAUAAGAAUCAAAAGACUGUUCCCUCAUCAGCCUGCUUCGUCAUGCGGCCUACUCACCGUCGGAGAUCUCCUACUCGAAGCUAAUGGUAUUACACUUACUGGACUUACGAAUUACGAAGCCUUGGAAGUCCUCAGAACUGCUCCAAAUCACGUAGAUUUAAAAAUUUGUAGACCUCCUCCAGAUGUACUGAACUGUGUAAGUCCUAUAUCAGAAGUUCCUCCUCCUCCGCCUAGACGAGAACCUCCUAAUAAUCUUAAUCUGCCUUCCAACGCUUAUUCUACACCUGAAGAUGACUAUUACCAUGGGGAAUUUGAAAUUACGCUUAAAAAAAUUCAAGGAUCUUUGGGAUUCACUCUCCGAAAAGAGGACGACAGCGCUUUGGGUCAUUACGUAAAUGAUGUCGAAAUAUGUCCGAUGUCUCACGAGCAGGCGGUCCAAUUUCUUCGUCAAUGCCCGGAGAUAGUCAAGUUACGCCUUUAUAGAGAUUCUGCUCAAACUCCAGUUGCCACUCUUUCUCCUACAGAAACUACUCCUAGAACUUCCUUUUCUCGAAAAGCACAUUUAAGACAAGAGGCUGUGGACAUGCUCAACGAUCUAGCAGGACGCAAAUUGUGUAUGAAUCCUGAGAUCUACAAUCGUUCUAUGUCUCCUACAUCGUCACCGAGACGUCUGAGACGACAACCGUUUCCUUCUGAUGCUUCGCAAAGAGAUUAUCUCCCAGAAGGUGAAUACAUACCUCAACAAGGCGACUAUAUUCAUUCUCAAGGUGGUCCAAUGGGUGAAUAUGAAAUCUACCACGAGCAGUUCCACGAAGGCAUUAUACAAAAGUUUCCCAGGCCUUUCGAUGAAGACGCUUUUAACUCGUUGUUUUCCAUGGAGUCAGAAGACGGAGAUAGACCGAAUAGACCAAGCUCUUUGGAACUAUAUAACCCCAAUCAAACUCCUGUGGCAUGUCGUAAGCCCCGUUUCAACUUUUCUUUGGCCCACAACGCUUAUGAAUUGAACAAUUUGGAUGCCGAAGUUUUAGACGCGCCUAAUUUGAAAUAUAAUUUAUGCAACGAAGAUGUAAAAACAUCAGAUUCUGAGGUUCAAGAACCGGUCAGCAUGCCACAUAUCCCUAUUGCCACCACUUCAAACUUCAGUUAUAAGCAUCCUGCUUAUCAAUCAGCACAUCCACAGAUCAACUCUGAACCAAUGGCAGAGCCUCCUCAAUCAGUUAGACCCGCCACGAAAACUGAUGACGGAACAUUGAGGAGACGGAAAAAUACCGCACCUGAAGAAAAAGAAGUCAAACUAGUCCAACCAGUGCGCAUGAAGGAAGAAUAUGAGAUCCUUGCCAUAGAACUGAACAGAGGUUGGAAUAGUAGAUUGGGAUUUAGCUUACAAGGGGCAGCUGGUGUCACCUACGUUAGUGCCGUUCAUGCAGAUAGUGUAGCUGCUAGAGAUGGACGCCUGAAACCAGGCGAUCGUCUUAUUAGGGAAUGCAAAAAAGCUUUAGCUCUUUUUUUGUGA